GGUAGUUGUGUUUUUGUUUUAGUUGGAUUAAGGGGCUACGGCUUUUGCCUGUUCUCAAAUGGAAAAUAGGUGAGCAAUCGUAGGAUGCCCUUAGAAGAUGUGCAAACGCAGAAAUCCUUCAAAUAUUUGCAAGAAGUCGAGACGGUCGCGCAAGACAUACUAACUCUAAAGGAGGACAAGCUGCAAGCUGCGAACGCUCAGAACAAAUUGCGGGAAGCCCUGUCGUCUUUGAAGCAAACGGAAGAAAGGAAUUCUUGGUUGCAGAAAGGCUCGAUUUACGUCCAGUUACCCACCGAAGAGAUUGCGGCCAUUUUGAAGGAUGAAAUCGCCAAGUCCGAUGAUGAUUUGAGAGAUUUGCGGAACAAGAUUCGCUCGAAAUCGCAACAGUUGAGAGAUUUGGAACACCAGCCGAGGAUCGAAGGGCUUACGUUGAAACCCAUUUCGAACAGGGAAGCUGAAGCUUUGAACAAAGCUUUUGGAUUUAAUUAGGUUUUUCGCUGUAAACUCACGGAUAAGAAUAGUAGUCGUCGCGACGGAUUUAUAUUUCAAAACCAAAAAUUGAAACAGAAAUAUCUAAAUAGUUGCGUUCCACAAAGAUGCCCAGUGCCUCUUUUAUGGCGUCCAGGUCAUAUGUGAGGAGGUCUCGCAGGAAAGGUGCCAACAGGAUUCCGACGCCAUCGAGGACGACGUCCGCGGAACCGUCAUGCGAAUCGUCCUGUCCGAUUCACCCCAACCAGAACAUACCGGCGGUGGCGACGGGCGCCAUACCGGUCUUGGCCCCGUCCGGCGCCAGUACGAGCAACGGCGUCGUCGGUACGGUGCCCACGCACCAUUCGCCGUACGAUCUGCGAAGGAAGUCGCCGUCCCAUCACGAUGGUCCGGGACCGAGUACUAGCGCCGCUACGGCCGGUUCGCCGACGUCGCCGGCUACGCCGACGAUUCCCGCUCAAGGAUACACGUCGGCCAUGCUGCCGGCCCGGAAGCGACCGAGGAGAACGUGCUCGACGACGUACGAGAGUUGCACCAACACCGCCGCUCACUAUCUGCAAUACGAGCUUCCCGACGAGGUGUUGCUCACCAUAUUCAACUAUUUGCUGGAAUUGGAUUUGUGUCGCGUCAGCCAGGUUUGUAAACGUUUCCAAGCCAUCGCCAACGAUACGGAAAUUUGGAAGCGUUUGUAUCAAAGCGUGUACGAAUACGAUUUGCCAUUGUUCAAUCCGGCCCCGUGCCGUUUCGAGUUCGUCAGCCCGGAGGAAUCGGACCUGGCCAAUCCUUGGAAGGAAUCGUUCAGACAGUUGUACAGAGGCAUACACGUACGUCAAGGUUAUCAGGAUAUUAUUUUCAAGGGUCGCAAUUUAGUGUAUUUCAAUACGGUUCAAGGGGCGUUGGACUACGCCGACGAACGUAGCGGUUCCAACAGUUCAGUAUCGGGUUCGUGUAGCAAUCACUCGGCCGAAGGAUCCUCCCAAGGGGCUCUGAUAUUUUUACACGCCGGCACCUAUCGCGGCGAAUUUCUCGUCAUAGAUUCGGACAUAGCUUUAAUAGGAGCGGCGUCCGGCAACGUGGCCGAAUCCGUCAUACUCGAACGAGAAUCCGAAUCGACGGUGAUGUUCGUGGAAGGCGCCAAGAACGCGUACGCCGGACAUUUAACGUUGAAAUUCUCGCCGGACGUCACGUCCAACGUGCCCCAUCACAAACACUACUGCUUGGAGGUGGGCGAAAAUUGCAGUCCCACCAUCGAUCACUGCAUCAUCCGGAGCACUUCGGUGGUGGGCGCGGCCGUAUGCGUGAGCGGCCCGGGAGCGAAUCCGGUCAUUAGACAUUGUGAUAUUAGCGAUUGCGAAAAUGUAGGAUUAUACGUUACCGAUUACGCCCAAGGCACGUACGAAGAUAACGAGAUCAGUCGCAACGCUCUGGCCGGCAUUUGGGUGAAGAACUACGCGAAUCCGAUCAUGCGCCGGAAUCACAUACACCACGGUCGCGACGUCGGCAUAUUCACCUUCGACAACGGCUUGGGCUACUUCGAAGCCAACGACAUCCAUCACAAUCGAAUAGCCGGAUUCGAGGUGAAGGCCGGCGCCAAUCCGACGGUGGUGCAUUGCGAGAUACACCACGGCCAAACGGGCGGCAUCUACGUGCACGAGAACGGCCUCGGCCAAUUCAUCGACAAUAAGAUCCAUUCGAACAACUUCGCCGGCGUUUGGAUCACUUCGAACAGCAAUCCGACCAUACGUCGCAACGAAAUCUACAACGGCCACCAGGGCGGCGUCUACAUAUUCGGCGAAGGGCGAGGUCUGAUCGAGCACAACAACAUCUACGGCAACGCCUUGGCGGGCAUACAGAUACGCACCAAUAGCGAUCCGAUCGUGAGACACAACAAGAUACAUCACGGACAACACGGCGGGAUCUACGUGCACGAGAAGGGCCAGGGAUUGAUCGAAGAGAACGAGGUGUACGCCAAUACGUUGGCCGGCGUUUGGAUAACGACCGGCAGCACGCCGGUGUUGCGAAGGAACAGAAUUCAUUCGGGCAAACAAGUCGGCGUGUACUUCUACGAUAACGGUCACGGGAAAUUGGAGGACAACGACAUAUUCAAUCACCUAUACUCGGGCGUGCAAAUCAGAACGGGCAGCAACCCGGUGAUAAGAGGCAACAAAAUUUGGGGCGGACAAAACGGCGGCGUGCUCGUGUACAACGGCGGUCUGGGAUUGCUCGAACAAAACGAAAUAUUCGACAAUGCCAUGGCGGGCGUUUGGAUUAAGACUGAUUCGAAUCCGACAUUGAAGAGAAACAAGAUAUUCGACGGACGCGACGGCGGCAUAUGCAUUUUCAACGGCGGCAAAGGCGUAUUGGAGGAGAACGACAUCUUCCGCAACGCCCAAGCGGGCGUGCUGAUUUCCACGCAAAGCCAUCCGGUGUUGAAGCGGAACCGGAUCUUCGACGGGCUCGCGGCCGGCGUGGAGAUCACCAACAACGCCACGGCCACGUUGGAGUACAAUCAGAUAUUCAACAACCGUUUCGGCGGACUGUGCCUGGCCAGCGGCGUCCAGCCGACGGUGCGCGGCAACAAGAUCUUCAACAAUCAGGACGCCGUGGAGAAGGCCGUCGCCAACGGGCAGUGCUUGUACAAAAUAUCGUCGUACACAUCGUUUCCCAUGCACGAUUUCUACAGGUGCCAGACGUGCAAUACGACCGAUCGCAACGCCAUCUGCGUGAAUUGCAUAAAGACCUGCCACGCCGGGCACGACGUCGAAUUCAUCAGACAUGACAGAUUUUUCUGCGAUUGCGGCGCCGGCACGUUGACCAAUCAAUGUCAAUUGCAGGGCGAGCCGACGCAGGAUACCGAUACGCUUUACGAUUCGGCAGCGCCCAUGGAGUCUCAUACGUUGAUGGUUAAUUAGAGGCAUCUUUACGGUUUAGUUUUUUUUUCUCUUUUGUUCGACACUUCUUAAAAAUCGCUUGACGGCUUUUUUAAUAAAUAUACAUAUAAUAAACUAAUAGGAGAACGGUGGAAAAUUUGUUAAUUUUAAGAGAUUGAAUUGGAAACGUCGAUGUUUAAACUGUAUUAGAAAAAAAUUUCGUUUUAUUUUUUAUUUGUAGAUUAAUUAAAUGGGAGCGUAUAAAUCCGUUGGUAAAUUUGAAAUGUUGAUACGGAUGCGAAAACGUGUAGUAUUUUAUAGUUUUAUUCGGGUUCGUGGUACUUUUGGAACCCACUAACUACUUGGAACAAAACGCGUUUGAAACAUGUAAGAAGAAUAAGAGCAAUGGAAUAGAAAAUGCAUUUCUGUGGUCUAAUACUGCAUUGUUCUAUGGUUAGCACUUGAAAGAACUCGUUAAAUAUAGUUCUAGAAUCUUGUUAAUACAUUUUACAAUUCUCGAACCGUCCCGAAGGAACUCUUCAGAACCUAGUGCAGUAUUUGCCCGAACCCGAAUAAAGCGAAUCGAUAUAGAAACCGAGCUAACAAGAGAUUUUUUCGAAGUAACGCGUACUUUUCACCGGCAUUCGAGCGCGACGAUGGUGAGGGAGUACCGCGUUUCCUCCCGUACUAUGUUAGUAUUGAAAUACGACGGAAGUGUUUUAUAAGGUACUGAAUAUUAGUGUGUUUUUAAUUGAUUCUUUUUUUAGUUUUUAGUCAUUGUAAUGAGGAUUAUGAAAUAAACAGCCUACUUUGAUCGUUUCACACAAAUAUUUAGCGUUAAAGUAUACGUAAAAGUGGAUUGACUAACUAUGGACAUAUCUCGAAAAAAGACGCGUCGCGUCCCUACUUUAAAAUUUUAUAAGUGUUUAUUGUUGUGAACUAAAAGAAAAUGCUUAGCAAUAUGGAAUUCGAAAUAGUGGGAUAUCGACGAGCUUGCCGACAUUCGAAUAGAGUUUUGUUUUUAUCUAAUAUGAUUUCGAUACAAUGUAAAUUAUUUUAUUAUUCUAUUACUUUAUUUCACUGUAAGUGACAUCCUCUUUAUUUGUUAUUUGUUCACGAUUUAGAAAAUUACUUUAAUUUGUGUUUUGAAUUUACGCGCUUUUCGAAAGGUAGAUGUUUGUGCAAUGCUAAAGAUUCCUACUAAAGGCACCAUUUAUCUUAUGCUAGGUCUAUUGUGAUGAACGUCCUAACCUUAAUGAUAAUAAUUGUAUUAACUGUAGUGAUUAUUCGGAGACGAUUUCGAUUGAAACCUUAAAGAUUUUUUCCAAAUUAUACGCGUUGUAUAAUCGAUAAAAAUAAUGUAUUACUGGUGCAACUAGACUUGUUCGAAAAAAAAUUAUUGUGCUAAACGAUUUCCUGAGGGACGUUCAUAUUAAACUAAGUACUGUCUGUCUCUUACGAUUUUCUCAAAAGUAAAGUAGUGCUAUUAGCAGCUUGUAAACCUAUUGUUGAUUUAUUUGUUCUCUAUUUUUUUGGUUUUUCCCCCGAUCGACGGGGGCAUUUUCUGUAGGGUAGUUUACUUAAAACAUGCAUUACCUAGACUUAAUUCACCCCUUAUAAUAUAUGUUUUAGUAUCGCUAACAAUGUUAAUUUAUUGUGUACCUAUCUAUUUAAUACGUUAAGGGUUAUAUUUUUAAACGGAACAAACAGUUUUUUCAUAAAGUUUGUUUGAAUUAAAAACGAUUUGUAAAUACAUAUUAGUUUAAUCAAUAGUUUUUUGCACUGUAUAAUCGAAAGAAAAAAAUUAAAUAUUAUUUUGAAAUUAGCUAGCGGUGAGAUAACAAUUUAAUUUUUUCUUGUAUAAAAAUUGGUUCGUUAUUGUGGAUAUAAAAGGAAAAUUAUUUUCUAAGUCCGGAAGAUAUACGUCGCUUUUUAAUGUUUUCUCUUUCAGUUGAAUAAUGCAUACUUUAAUUUGCUUUUAUAAUUAAAAUAUGUACAAGUAACAAGAUUAUUCGUUUAUUUUUUUUUCGAGGUUUUAAUUUACCGUAAUUACGUCUAAAUAAAAACAGAAAUCUUGUAUCUUAUCUGAGAAAGAACCAAUGUAUUGAUUUAAGGUGGAAACAAUCGAUCAAUUAUUCGACAGAAGGAAAUUCAAGAGAAAGAAAUAAAUAAAAAAACGGAAGUGCAAGUUUUAGGUAAAAAAUCCUCGUGCGUGUAAGAACAUCAAUUAUAUAAAAAACUGAUUACCUUACACCGAUGGUUAUUUAAAUUCUGAAAUAUCAGUUAACGGUUUAAUUGAUAAUAAUGUACUUCGGUUUUUUGAAUAGUCGCAAACAUAAAUGUAGGUAUUUAGGUAAACACAUAAAUGUAUUAAAAUAAACUGUAAAAUAAAGGUUAUACUCUUUUCUAAAAGGAUUUUUUUUCUACCAUCUGCGGUCAUUUUAUUCUAUAAACUCCAAAUGGAGUUGCUUUGCUUAUCUUACUAUCCAAGCAUAUGAUCAUGGUACUAAUUGAAACCUAAUAGGAUUCCAUUUAUCAAGGACCUAGCAUAAAUUAUGCUUAAGUGGAACCAUCUCACAAAUGGAUUCUAUUAUGCUAUGAGUACGAUGAGUUAAAUGUAAAUGAAUAUGGUGUGUACCUUGUUGUCACGCCUUCCAUAAA